AUUGCCAAAAUCUGUCUAUCUCGAAAACCUAAAUUUAGAGACACUAAAUUAUUACUUGCAAUGAAGUUCAAGCAGCUGGAAAACCUCAGAAGCAUCAUCCAGGCCAAACAAGAACAACUCAUUUUUGCAGCAGAAAGAUAUAGUGUUCAUGAUGCUCGGUGGAGUCUCCUGCAAAAGAUAAAUCAUGCAGAGCAGGAGUGUGAGAUGCUGUUUCAGAGGUUUGCAGAGGGGAAGACGCCGUUGGCAGAGUUCCUGGAUUCUUUUCUCAGCUCGCUGAAACUCCAACACAUCAGGAUGGCCCUGGUGAAGAAACUCCACGAAGUUGUUGAACUGAGAGCAACACAAAGGCUCGGUGAGCCUGAGCCUUUCUCUGCAGAGGAGAUAGGCACCGCCUGCCUCCCGCUCUGCGGCCUGAACACAGCUGUGGUCGUACCGGCCUGCUGCCACCCUCCAGUCCUGCUGCCCUGUGGCGCCCACGCAAACACGCUUCACCGUCUACAGUAUUUACCAUUUUGUCUCGAGUCCCUACGACCAGGAGCGCUCGGACGGGGCCCCAAAUGGCCGGUGAAACCUGUCCGUCUUCAGCCUCUGGAGGUGCAGCAGAGGAGGCAUCGACAAGCACCGCCGUGAAGUGGAAUCCAGUCUCAAAAUCCAGUUUGUGUUUCCUUAACGUUGGCAGAGGGAGAAAAGUUACAGGGACGAGGUUCCGUCGCACCAAGAAUCAGAUUUGGGCUUUAUUCUAAUUAACCAUUUGACAUUUCUUAUGUCAUAAGUCAUAACUUUACUAUUUUAUUAACGCUUGUUUGUGGUAAGACAAACAUUGAUAAGAAGUGAUGAGAAGUUUGGCAUAUAGAAAAUUAUUGUUAUAUCAAACUCUCAAACUCAGGUAAUGUAAUGGAAAGUGUAUCCAAAAAGCGUUGGGUAUGGACAAUGGAUGGAUUUAAUACAUAUAGAGGAAGUUAUACUUUAAAAGUUAUAUUUGUCAUAACAAUACGUUGAGACCAAAUGUUUAGUAGUUGCAUGUCAUUAGCUCCUGUUCUUGGAGCAGAGUGAGUUAUGAGAAAGCACACAGAGCUUUAGAUGUUUACGUGAGUAUCUAUAAGAUUUAAAUAAACAAGUCAGCCUUUUUAGAAUUGUUUGGCAAGUAUACAAUAUAGUCUCAUACUUUUGACUAUCCCAAUCUCAGUCACUGUGGUAUCUUUUAUCCAAUUGUCCAUUUUCAGAUACUUUAUUAAAAUACUAAAGUUUAGAUUAUUAAUCCUUCCGAAUGUUCCCUCUAAAAUGAUCCACGACAAUAUAAAUCCUGGUGGGCAGUUCCAAGUUCACUCAGUGACUGCAUAUUAUUAAUAAUCUGAAGCUCAAACCACUUUAGGACUAAUUCCGUGAUCAAAUACUUUAAAAUGUCCACUUUCCGUGAAGGAUUUCUUACCAAAGUCUUCACCCCACGGAGAAAGAUUAUGAAUACGUCAUUGACUGUAACACUGUGGCACCCAACAUAUCAAUAAACAUGUGGUCACUCA